AUGUCCCGAAGAGCUUUGGUCACUGGUGGUACUGGCUUGCUUGGCCGUGCAGUGGUCAAGGCCUUCAGAAGCGCUGGGUGGGAGGUCACAGGCACAGGCUUCAGCAGAGCUUCGCCACCGGAAACACUCAAGCUUAAUGUUUUAGAUGAAGCAGAGGUUGCAAAAGUAUUGGACGAGGUCAGACCUCAGGCAGUUGUCCACUGUGCCGCAGAGCGCUCGCCAGAUAUCUGCUCCAAUGAUCCUGAGGCAGCUCGUGCCCUCAAUGUGCGGGCUGCUCGAGCUCUUGCACACUUGACUCGUGAACGGUCGAUCUUCAUUAUAUACAUCAGUACCGACUAUGUGUUUCCAGGAAAGCCAGGUGAUGCGCCAUACGAAACCGAUACUCUACCAGCACCGACCAACGAGUAUGGCCAAACGAAGCUCGAUGGAGAAAAGGCAGUCCUUGAGGCUACCAAAAAUACAGGACUCGGUGUGUCUUUGCGGGUACCAGUCCUCUACGGCUCGGUGUGGGAGGGGAAGAAUAAUGAAAGUGCCAUCAAUGUCUUGAUGGACAUGCUCUGGAAGGCGCAGGAGGCCAACGCAUCGAUCAAUAUCGAUGAUUGGGCUCAAAGAUAUCCUACAAAUACCGAAGAUGUUGGACGGGUAUGUAAGGAUGUUGCAGAACUAUAUUUGAAGACGCUCCCAGCCGAGAGGAGCAGUUUGCCUACUAUUCUGCAAUUCAGCAGCGAGGACAGAUUGACCAAAUAUCAAAUCUGUGAGAUCUUCGCAGAAAUCAUGGGACUUCCGAUGGGCGGGUUAAAAGCCAAUAAAGAAGGAAGUGAUCCGAAGGCGGCGGUACAGCGACCGUACGAUACGCAUCUGAGUACGAAGAGCCUGAAAGACCUGGGGAUCGAUGCAAGCACGAUGGACUUCAAAGCUUGGUGGCGCAGAGAGGUCAAAGCGUUCAGGAGGUAG